AUGUAUCUGGAUACAGUACUCAGAUCAUUCCAGGGGUCUCUAUCUUUGAUUUUAACGAUACUUUCAACCCUGUCAUUGAUUCAACGUGUGGCAUAUGACCUUCUACUACGGGUACAUCAGGCUUUAGCUGUUUUCUUCCUUUAUGCUGCAUGGGUGCAUGUGCCCGCAGAUAGAACCAUUUUGGUGCUAGCCAUUUGCCUCUCUGUCAUUGUGCUCUUCGGUGCCCUCCUAUACCAGACAUGGUCAUUAUUUUACUGGAGUGGUAUCUGGACUCUCCGACGGCAGUGCUUUCUCCAGUGGCCUAGUCAAAAUGAUAUACAGGAGGAGGACUGUAAUAUCUGGCCAGAUAGUGACGCUGUUAUGCUGAGUUUGACACUCCCAAAGAAGAUGAAAAUCGAUGCUGGUCAAUAUGUCAGUCUUUGGGCGCCAACAGUGGGCCUGCUUGCAUUUGCGCAGCUACAUCCUUAUAUGGUCGUAUCUUGGGCGCCCAGCGAGCAGAACACUUUACUGCUAUUCUUGAAGCGAGAGCGAGGGAUAUCGCUCAAGAUCGUCAAGAAAAUUAGGUCUUGUUCCAGGGCUCCUGUGAAGAUUUUCGCUUCGAUAUUGGGGCCGUUUGGUACUGUUGAACCUGUCGAGCAGUAUGACAGUGUACUUAUCAUUGCCACCGGUCAUGGAAUAACGGCGAUAAUGAGCUAUGUCAAAAAAUUGAUGCAAUUACAUGCCCAUCCAUCUACGCGGACCAAGCGUGUUCAUUUCAUCUGGCAGGUGAAGGUAGUUGGUAUGAUCCUUUAG